UAUCUCUAGUUUUCAAAAUAUUGGUUUUAUUCAACAUUCCGAUCAUUUCAAAAAUUUGGUAACCCCAUAUAACCUUUAAAAGCUUAAUUUAAGGUUAACCAGGAUGCAAAGACGUGUUUUGUGAAGCAUAUGCAAGGUUUACAGACCUAACUCAAGCCUUGCCGAUCAUGGAGAUGAUAGCCAUUGAUGAAGCCAUUACAGUGUGAACUCUGUCUGAGGAAUCCCUAUCAACAGAAUUCCUACUGACCAAAUACAAGCCCAAAGGAAUAGUUUUACUGAUAACUGGAAGGAAAUUGUCAUGGAAGGGGAGCAGGACUUCAUUAAUGAAAUUGUAAUUUGAAUUAUCUGCAAAGAUAUCCCUCACCCAGAACGAGCAAUCAAGGUAAUGUGUUGUAGAAAGAUCUGGUGUCUUGAUUGAGUCCUUAUGGGUAUGAAGAGUGAUACUAAGUGAUCCCACUGAAGGAGGAAUAUCAAUAUUGGACUUUUUGAGAAAGUAUCAAUUUUUGAUGAAGCAACAGAUCAAUUGAUGAAAUACAGAAAAAGAAGAAAUGUAAAAUGUAAAGCCCAUAAAAGAGAUGCAGUGUUCUUUUGAAACGAUUGAGAUACCUUCAUAUGCCCAAAAGGAGCCAUCUCAACUCAUAAAGGCCAUGAACUAAUCGAGAAAGACCAAAAGCACAAAGAUCUUUGCAAAGAAAUCAAAGGAAAGUACAAAAGAUUGAAGGAAAGAAAUCUAUAUACUCAUAAUAUAAAGAAGGAUGUGAACGAAAAGUACAAGAGGGGCAGUGAGCUGCAGAAGCUACAAUUAGAGCCUUCUAUAUCCAUGAUUGCUAAAAGUUACUGCAAUUAUUAUCAAAACUCAUGGGGAUGGUUUGUAGGGUUUCAAUCCAAACUAGACGAGAUGAAAGAUUUUGAAGAGUCUUUAUUCAGCAAGAAUAUAAAGAAUUCAAAAGAGGACUCCUUACCCACUCUUAAUACUCUACUGGAAGCUCAGAAAAAAUUGCAUAAAUACGGAGAAUCCCAUGAACUUUAUUCAGCAAAACUGGAGAAGCUUAACAAAAGGUGCAAGUUUGAGAAUGAGAGGCAUAUUUUCCAGUUCAAAAUCAAAUAUAGUAAAGAUAGGAUCAAGUACAAGGUGACUUCAAAUGGGGUGGAGUGAAUAUUAUUAGUUGAACAUCAAUGAGCCACUAUCUGUAUCGCUAAUAUUAAAAGAGCUGUUAAGCGCAAAGCAGCUACAAAGCCUAAGAAAAAAGUAGAAAUCAAAAAUAGUGAGUCAGGAAAGAAGGAGCGAAAGAAAUGACAAAAAGAGAGAACUAAAAUGGAUCAAAAAGAAAGGGAGCAGUUUAAAGAGAAAGAAUCGAGAAGUAAGAAAAAGAUUUGAAAAUCAAGAAAGAUUAGCAAGUCGACUCAUGCACCCAAUAAGCCUUCAAAAACGUCGUCAAAGAAAUAUAUAGUACUUCAGGAAAAAGUGUGAAAAUUGUUUGACGAAGAAAAAGGAAUAACUGUUCAUAAAUUCAUUAGUAUUGUUGGAUCUUCUCCAAUAGAUUUCAAUUUGGAUCCCUUUAUUACUAAAGGUUCUACUAUUUGAAGCAUCAAAUUGAUAGCUUAUGAAUAUUCCUCAGACCUAGGUUCACAUCUGAUAAGCUCUUUGAAUACAACUUAUCAGGGUUACAAAGAGUGUUUGAAAACCACCAGUGAUACUCUGAAAAUGCUGAAUCAAGCUCAGAAAGAGUCUAUGUCUCAACCAAAACCUUCACUCCGGCUUAAAUCCUGCAAAAAGUAUAUAUCUUCCCGUAAAUCCAAAUCUAGGUGCAAAGUUAAACCUACUUCCAAGACUAAAUAUAAGCCUAAACAAAAGUCUAAGGCCAAGAAGAAAUCUAGUUCCAAAUCCAAGAUUGAUCAUGUUUGUGAGUCUGAAUGAGGAGAGGAAACAGCUGCCUCUCAACAAGGCUAAUACCAGUGCUCUUUUAAUUUGAAAUCAAUUUUAGCUAAAGUUCAACUG